CCUUGUUAGCAACACACACAAGGAAAUAUCAGGGAAGCACACUCGAAUUCCACGAAUGUUACGAUCAUAAUCAGCGGCAACAAUGGCGAAGGGAUUAUGGCUCAUUGCAGUCGCCCUAGUUUUGUGUACGGGAGGAUUCGCGAAGGGAUAUUUAGACGUGAUCAGACAGCAACGUGGUGAUUUGUUCACGAAUCCGCGCUGGUCGGUCGCGAUGACCGAGAAGGGAUGUUCAGGAUACUCGCAUUAUGAAGCUUGUGAGAACUUCGAUGGAAGACCUACCGGGGCUUACUGUUACUCAAACGAGAACUGUUGUAAACAUUGUCAAUGUUCGCUCGCAGCGCCUAAUUUUCUCAUAAAUGAGCGACGCUGUGUAAGCGACUAUAACUUCACCUCGCACCUCUUUCGGGGAUCUAAAGGUUGCACUUUCAGACUUGUACCAGAUGAUUUCCACGACCCAGAAUCCCGAACGUCCGAGCCGUGUGAAUUCAAUGACUUGAGCCUGCCUGUACUCAACACACAGACCAGCGGUAGCCAUAAGAUUGACAUCUGCGAUAUAUACACGUGGAGCGUAUCAGAGUGCUCGGUGAAGACUGGGGCCUACUUCAGCAGGGCGGGUCGAUGGGUGGACACGUGGGACGCGGGGACCAAUCAAAACGUGUUCACUCUGUCGACGAGGAACAACUGGAUGACUGUCAUGUAUCUUAUGUGGAACAACAAACUCCCCACUCGUUACCAUGGCUACCUAAUGUCUCUUGACGUCAAGUGCAAGCGGAAGUUUAACAGGAGUACAAUCUCUUCUUGCUUACUCUUUAAAACCAACGGCACUCAAAAAGAAGCCCGUCCCACUACCCUCCCCCCGUUAAAUGACACCAUCGCUCCUGGAUAUGACGAGAAGACCCCCAGCGGAGACACGAGUCACUUGAUUCUCAUCAUUGUACUCUCGCUAGUCUGUGUCUUAUUCCUGCUCUUGUUAGUGGUACUCCUGUGUAUUUUAUAUCGAAGAAGACUAGGGAGGAGGCAGUCUUAUCGACCCAAGAGAAGACGGAAAGCACCAGAUGAGGGGGCUGUGUCAAUUGAAGUGGCCCAAGAGCCGUCCUCGUCCAACCAUGGGAACCUCGGGACAGUAUACGACAGUAUCAAGAGCCCAACAAUACAAAGCCCGGACUAUGCAACUCCAGACGAACCUGCUAAUUAUCAGGAUCUGUUGCCAAGACAACCAGGAAGUCCCGGAUAUAUGACACUUAUGAGGACAGACUCAGAGGGUUACCUGCUUCCAAUUGAUGCUUCUCCCCCCGCUGACAUUUCACUUACAAGGCCCGAGUCAAGGGCGCCUCCGAGGUCCGAGUCAAGGUCGUCUUCAAGGCCCGAGUCGAGCGGGAGCUUAAGACCAGGGACGAGUACAUCUUCCAAGUCCAAGUCUGGUACAACUUCAAGGCCCGAGUCUAGUGCGACUUCAAUACCCAAGUUCAGCGCUACCUUAAGACCCGAGUCUAGCACGACUUCAGGAUCCGAUUCGAGCCCGACUUCGAAACCCGGGUCGAGCCCAAAUUCAGGACCCGAGUCGAGCCCGAAUUCAAGACCCGAGUCGAGCCCGGAUUCAAGACCCGAGUCGAGCACGACGUCGAGACCCGAGUCGAGCAUGACUUCAAGACCCGAGUCGAGCCCGAAUUCAAGACCCGAGUCUAGUGCUCCCCUCAGUCCUCAUGAAUAUCACGUGUUGGAAGAGCCAUAGGUUCUAGACAAAAAGCCAUACAAGAAGGCCACACAAAAACGCUUAGGCGACAAAUUAAAUAAUUGUACUCCUACAGAUCAAAUUGGCGCCGGCCAGUAGAGGCACCGGAAGAUUUAAAUACAGGCGAGCCCAGUUGACAUAUAUCUUGCCAAGAUUAUAAUUCAAUUCGAGCUUUUAUAGCCAAAUUCGUUUUUGCGCGACCUCCCAGAAUCGAAAAUUCUUUUCUUCGUUUGGGAACAGCGCGUAGUCAAUCAAACCAAACAAUCAAAACCAGACAAACCGCCCCCAAAGCUUGUGUCUGACUACGCGCUAUUCCCAAACAAGACAAGGAUUUUGAAUUCGCCGAGGUCGCGCAACAACGAAUACGGCUGUAACACAAUCCGAGCUUUGUUUAAACCGCAGAUCACAUAUUAAAAGACGAUGACGAUGAUGGAUGACGUCCGUGACGAUACAAUAUUCAAGUUAUACUUUAUACCUAUCACGGGCGAUGACACGAUAUGUAGACCUACCAGGCCGCGUGCCUGAUGAUGUGAUCGGUUACCUGAUCGUGAUAUUGUACAGAUAGCGCGAGACGAACACGUGGAUGUCACGCAUGCAUGGUGAGGUGACCAGUUACCUGAUUGUUGAGGUUGUACAGAUAGCGCGAGACGAACACGUGGAUGUCACGCAUGCUUGGUGAGGUGACCAGUUACCUGAUUGUUGAGGUUGUACAGAUAGCGCGAGACGAACACGUGGAUGUCACGCAUGCAUGGUGAGGUGACCAGUUACCUGAUUGUUGAGGUUGUACAGAAAGCGUGAGACUAACACGUGGACGUCACGCAUGCAUGGUGAGGUGACCAGUUACCUGAUUGUUGAGGUUGUACAGGUAGCGCGAGACGAACACGUGGACGUCACGAUGACACGAUGUCAUCGCAUGGUGAGGUGACCAGUUACCUGAUUGUUGAGGUUGUACAGAUAGCGCGAGACGAACACGUGGACGUCACGCAUGCAUGGUGAGGUGACCAGUUACCUGAUUGUUGAGGUUGUACAGAUUGCGCGAGACGAACACGUGGACGUCACGUCAGGUUAUACAGAUAGCGAGUAUGGCUGGUACGAAAUAGCGUGUGAUAUAAGACCUAGAGAAGGUGUUUAUGAAUAGCCUAGGUAGCCAGUGAGGAGUGCUUACUGUCGCCCCUUGUUUGGGCAAAUCUAAAGGGCCCCAAAACCAUAAGAAAAGCGAUAAAAAGGCUUCCAUUGAACCAGCAGAGUAAACAAGGAGAGGAACAAUUUAUGACAUAAAAGAUAGGGCAUUACAAAAAAUCUGCGAUAAUUUGGACCAUUGGAAAUUCACAUUAAGUCAGCGAUUUGCUUUGCCUCUGAUCAACAAUAGUUUUCUUCCGUUUGCGUUUGGUUGAGAAAAGUAUGUUUGAAAUUUUUAAUUCAAACUCUGUCACUUAAUUCACACCUAAAAAUACUCCCAAAGAUCUCAUGGUUGCUAGAGACAAAGAAUUUAUUUGUGAGGUUUUGGUUAUAAUGUUUUGUUUCAAAGCAAAAAUCACAAUACUCAAACACCUUACUCGUACACCAUACGCGGUAGAUAAAAGGUCUUAAAAAGGGAUAGAAUAUCCAAUUCCGUGAAUACUGGUCACUAAGGCAUAUCUCCGUGUUGCUUCGAAUUUUUGCCAAAGGGGAGAGUGUUUUAAGGAAUAAAGAUGUUGCCAUUGAUCACAAAA